AUUGUGGUAGCGAUCCCCGUAAAUGGCAAAUACAACCAGUCAACCAAUCAAAAUAUGAAUAAACAUAAUGUAUGCUGUUGGGCACACUCUAGGAGGCGGGGCUUAAAUUAAAAGGUACAACUUAGACAUUGGAAAAACCAAAAUCCAGAAAGUCAGAUCACUUUGGCACGUGGAAUAGUCCACUGGCGGAAGAUCUGAUCGCGUGGCAUUGACGUCAUCAAGGCACGAGGCAGAAGAAAGUGAACAUAUAUACAUUCAGUAUGCAAAGUGUUAUCUAAAUCAUCAUGGAAUAUCUGAAAAUAUCUUUGAUGUUUCUCUUAUAUGUGGUGACUUCAUGUAGUAAAACGAUCCCUAUUCCAUCUUUCAGUAAGCUGUUAUAUCAUUAUCCAGGCUAUAAACACUUUGGAGGACGCUAUUCCCACAAAAGAAUCAUUCAUACUAUAGGAUGCAAUAAAACAGACCUUUUACACGAUACCAGCGCACUGCGUAUAUCGUUUGCAUUUAACAAGAUAGGAGGUGUAUACUCUAUUGGUUAUACCCCCAUCCAUUUAUCUAAACAUGGCAAAGACAGUGUAUCUGGAAGAGACAAGCGGCAGUAUUUGUUCCAUCCCUUAGCUUUUGGACCGUACAUGGCAGACAAAUAUGGCUAUCCCAGCAUCUCAGUGUUACAUGACAAGGAUCCGAUAGCAACAAAAAGGAAAUUCUGGGGAAAACAGGGAAUUAUGGAAAUAAUAACAUAUACCAAAUUUGGAAAUAAACCUAAGGGACACAUUGCUCUGUGGAAUUGUGACCGUCUUCAUCAGACAAAGGACUGGAUUUCAAAACAUACGCUUCUGACCAUCCAGUUUUGGGAGGCACCAGAUUCCAAUUGUGAAGAAAAAACUGUCACCAAUGCUAAGAAAGUACAACCUUAUCGGUCCAAGACCAUUGCUUACAACACUAAACCUUAUCGAAACCAGAACUGGAAAACAGUGAAAUAUGACAGUCUGAGACUUAGAGCCGAAAGCAAAAUGUACAAAUAUAAUAACAUUCUCGGCAAAAGUGCUCAAAAGCAUCACACCUAUCUACACAGGAAAAUGUGAAAAUAGAGAGAGAGAGAGAGCGAGAGAGAGUGAGUGAGAGCGCUAUGUUUACUGCCUCUAUUGUAUAGUCUGGAGCAUUAUAAUGUAUCUGGAGAACCACAAGGAGACAUUGGAUUUAUCAUAUGUACCAUACUGUGUUCAUGUUUACAACAUAAAACUGAUUUAUAUUUGUAAUUUGUAUAUACUAAGUUUCUGAAAUGUUUACAAUUGUUAUUUUUUUUUAAAUAAACGCUGUGAUCUGUAA